CUUAGUGCCUGCCCCUCAGGAGAACUACAUCAGAGGAAAACAACCCAGCAGCAGGAAGCACUCACAGGAACCUUCUGUACUUUGGACCAUUGACCCUUCUUUAUUUCUAGACUUUGUUAUUAGUCACCUGGACCGCGAUUCACCAGGAAGCUUAGGUCUAAAGUUAAACUAAUAUCCUGUAACACAUUAAAAACAGCGAUAAUGACUUCCGCUGAGAUGCACGUGGAGACCUAUUUGUCGCGCAUCGGGUUUGCGGGCCCAGCCGAGCCCAGCCUGGAGGUGCUGCGGUCGGUCCACACCUGUCACCUGCUGUCGGUGCCGUUUGAAAACCUCACGGUGCACAGCGGCGGGCGGGUUCACCUCGCUCUCCCUCUCCUGUAUGACAAGAUAGUGACGCAGCGGCGGGGUGGUUUCUGCUUUGAGAAUAACGGCCUCUUCUCCUGGCUGCUGUCCACACUGGGCUUCCAGGUGACUCUGCUCUCCGGUCAGGUGAGGAACCACAUCACGUGUCGCUACGGGCCACCUUUUGACCACCUGGUCCUCAUGGUGAGCCUUGAUGGGCAGCGCUGGCUGUGUGACGUCGGGUUUGGUGCCUCUGGUUUCAGUGCUCCCCUUUCCCUGGACACCAGUGGCCCCCAGGAGCAGGGCCACAGGGUGUACCGCAUCAGAAAGGAUAAGAAGAUGCACUUUGUGGAGUGGCAGCAGGAGGAGAACAGAGGGGCACAUGGAGACUGGACGCAGAUCUACAAGUUCACCCUGGAACCUCAGCGGCUGGAGGACUUUGAAGAGAUGUGCCAGUACCAUCAGAGCUCCCCCAGCUCCAUCUUCUUCUGCAAGUCCAUCUGCACGAUCUUAAAGCCAGGUGGGAGGCUCAGCUACAUCGGCCGCAGACUGACCAGCACCACGUUCCCAACAGAGGGAACAGUGUUGGAAACCACAACCAGGGAACUUAAAGAUGAGGAGAUACCUGGUAUUCUAGCAGAGGAAUUUAAAGUUGUACUGAAGUCUCCGCUCAUACCGAAAGAUGAGGAAAUCACACCUCCGCCGGUCAUGUAUUGAUCAUGCUUCCACAGGGGACAUCUUUACACCUCUGUAGGCCAAGUGAUGUAGAAAUAUAUCUCAUCAAGAUCGCUACAAACUAUCUUUGACUCAUGAAGUAAUUAUUUGAAGUAGAAUUACCACCUCAUGGUUGUAUGCCUCCGUGCACCAGUCAGGUUGCAUGUACAGCUUACAUCCAUCAGUGAAAUCAGGGAUGUCACAGUGAAGUUGACCCUUGACCUUUUGAAUCUAUAUUGGGUCUGUUCUGAAUUGCAUACUUUUUUAAAAAACUUUUAGUAGGUACUGCAGCUGGCCUUAAAAAGUAUGUACUUUUGCAUGCAGGACAUACUACCUCCCCACAACAUUACGCCCUGAACUUUCAGAGUCAUCAGAGUGGAUGUAGUAGAACAUCCUGGUAUUUUUGGCAUACUGCAUUUGACAUACUAUGUAUUAGGACAUACUAAAUCUUUUCCUGGCUUACUAUAUAGUAUGGGUAUUGGAAUGCAGUCAGUCAACACUUCAUCAUUUUAUCCCAACAGACAUUUCUGUGCAAUUUUGUUAUAUGUAUGAAUUCUUGCAGUUUUGUAAAAAACGUGUUGAGUGCAGUGACCUUGAUCUUUGACCACCAAAUUCUCAGCAGUUUAUCAUUGAGCCCAGCUAGACAUUUGAGAUAUCCCAUUAACGAGAAAGACGGACAAGGUCACAGUGACCUUUGACUACUAAUCAGUUCACUGUUAAGUGGACAUUUGUGCCACAUUUG